UCCUCUGCAGCCGGCUCGGCCCACCACCACAGUCUCCUUAGAGCUCAACCGGAGGGGAGCCACCGUGGCUCGACUGUCUCGCCGGUGCAGCUACUGCGACAUUACCGUUGGAGGCCGACGAAUUUGGAAUAACGGCGCUGUUGGCCAGCUUCGAUUUAUUUUUUGGUUGUUAUAUAUUUUUUGACAGAACUGUCACACCAACGCUUGGGCAUGGCAAGUCCAGUGGCACACACCGGACAGUCGCAUCAUCAUCAGCCGGUCACCGCGUCCGCUUUCCGGGAGGCGCAGAAAUGGAUCGAGGCGGUGACAGGCAGAUGCUUCGGUGACAAGAAUUUCAGGGGAGGAUUGGAGAAUGGAAUCCUGCUAUGCGAGUUACUGAGCUCCAUUAAACCCGGCUUGGUGAAAAAAAUCAACAGACUCCCGACACCCAUUGCUGGCCUGGACAACUUGAGUGUGUUUCUGCGCGGAUGUGAGGAGUUGGGACUGAAGGGAAGCCAACUUUUUGACCCCGGAGACCUUCAGGACACGUCUACACGCCCCGCUGCCAAGCGGAGCGACUGCGGCCGAAAGAUCAAAAAUGUUCUAAUCACUAUCUACUGGCUGGGUCGGGCUGCCAACAGCUGUACCUUCUACAACGGGCCCACGUUGGACCUGAGGGAGUUCGAGGGCCUGCUAUCACAGAUGCGAAAGGAGGCGGAGGAGGCAGAGAGCCCCCAACGCAGCAUUCGGGACAGCGGCUACAUCGAUUGCUGGGACUCGGAGCGCAGCGACUCGCUUUCCCCGCCACGACAUUGUCGCGAGGACUCCUUCGACAGCCUGGACUCGUUCGGCUCACGCUCGCAACAGACCCCGUCGCCGGAUGUCCUGGUGGCCCGCGGCAGCAGCGAUGGCCGGGGCAGUGACUCCGAGUCAGACGGCCCACCGCACCGCAAGACCCCGGACAUCCACAAGGACGACAUGUUAGCCCGCCGCACCUCGGUGAGCGAGCCGCGCACCGCCAUGCCCUUCAACCAGUACCUGCCCAACAAGUGCAACCAGGGCAACUAUGUGCCGACGCCGCUGCGCAAGAAGAACAACGGCGGCGACAAGGAUGACGGCGAGCGCAAGAGCUGGAGUACGGCCACCUCACCUGUAGGGGGAGAAAGACCUUUGAGGAGUAUGAGUAUGAUUGACAUGCGCGGCGAGGUGAACAACACCACCAUCUUGCCGCCGCACAGUCCCGUGCGUCAUGAGUUGAUGCGCAAUCAGUACAACCAAAUGAAGGAAGAUGAUAGUCACUGGCAAGAUGAUCUGGCCCGGUGGAAAAAUCGUCGACGCAGCAUUUCUCAGGACUUGAUCAAGAAGGAGGAAGAGAGGAAGUUGAUGGAGCAGCUGAUGAUCGGAGGAGAGUGCAUCUCGCAGAGGAGGAGGAGCAUCAAGACCUACAAGGAGAUUGUGGAGGACAAGGAGCGUCGUGAGGAGGAGCUGCGGGCAGCUUACCAGAGAGCCAAAACCCCCGAGGAGGCGGCCUACAUCCUCCAGCGUUACGCCCAGCGCUUCUCCAUCAGCGAGACAGUUAUGGAGCGCCUGCAGCUGCCCAAGGUCCUGGACCGCAGCGUCUCGGCAGACCCGUCUUUUUGCGGCUUCCCCAUCUCCCUCACACCUUCGCCGACCACCUCUGAACCGUGGGACGCCGACCCAGACGGCCUCCUGAAGUAUCUGCGGCAACCGUUUGCGCCAGCCCCCAGGUUCACGUCCACGGUGGAGGCGCAAAUCGACGAGUGGCCCAGAGAUUCGCCGCGCCAAGGGCCAAAGAUCCGCUCACGCUCGUCCGAGCCGCCGUCCAGCCCGCCGCUGUCGCCCAAGCCCCUGCCUUUGCUGACGCCCGAGCCUUACUUUCAGCCCUGGCCUGCUACACCGGAACCCUGUCCCAGUAAGGCCGAUGGACUCCUGCGGGUCAACGGCAAUGAGGAUUGUCAAGGAUCAGAGUCCUCUCCUGUUUUCCUACCGUACUCUUUGCCCCAAACCACCGCCCACCACCCAUGUGCCUCAGCGACAAAAGGAAUUCUGGCGUCCACCAACGUAGAGGCAGCUUUAGGUGACAUCCAGGACAAAGAAGUCGCUCUGUGUUCAACGCCACCCAGCAGGCCUACUUCGCUACCAGUGGAGUUGCAGAAACCAGAGGAGAGCUUUGAGAGAAAGAAUGGAAGACAGUCAGCAGUCGCUCUAGCGGAAAAAAAGUCUCAAUCAGCAUCACACCUCCAAACAUCUGCAGAAGCCAAACAAGAGACUAUACCGUCGUGUGAGUCAGGGCUUGGCACAAACUCUGUAACCUCAGUGACGGGCAUAGACAGUCACGUGGGGACAAACCAGAAGAAAGAGGAGGGUCCCAGUUUUGGACAUGAACUGCCAACUACAACCACAGAAGGUGUUGAAAACAGUACUCGCUCUCCACUGACAAGCAGCAACCCAAAUUUACGCUGCGAGUUCUUUGCAGAUAAGGGAGAGAAGGAUCACUACGGCAACGAGAAAUACCAGCGAGAGCAGAAGAAGCUCAAGGAGGAGUGGGAGACGGCCCAGAGGGAGGUUGCGCAGGAGGAGAGGCGCUACCAUGAGGAGGAACGUCUCAUCCUGGAAGAGACAGUCACAGGCCUGAUUCCGCAAUCGUCCGCCACGUCGGUUUCCGAGUGCCAGGACACCAUCGUGCGCUCACUUGCUGACUGGGAACGCAAACAGGAGCAACUGGAGAGACAUUCGCUGGAGAGUGGAGAGGUUGAGUGUGGACCGCGAGAGAACGACAAAACGAGCGACAUCAGCACCGCCGACGACAGCGUCAGAACAGCCAAGAGCUCGGUGAGUCAGACUAGCUGCGUGAAAAAUGGCCAAAAACUUCACCAAAUGGCUGCCAAGACCUCCGCCCCGGUCAAGAAACGGCAAGACGUUGACGCCAGCAAGCCCGUCCGGCCUGCAGGAGAACGCAGGAAUGCACCCGCCACAGUAAAUGCUGGGCGCAGCCCACCCAAGCCCCCUCCGCCUUCUGUUGACGCACCACCCAACAGGUCUGUCAGUGGCAAGAAGCUGUGCUCCAGCUGCGGGCAGCCGCUAGGCAAAGGGGCCGCCAUGAUCAUCGAGACCCUCAGCCUCUACUUCCACAUCGACUGCUUUAAGUGCGGGGUCUGCAAGGGGCAAUUAGGAGACAUGUCCACAGGAACCGACGUGCGGAUCCGCAGCGGCCUGCUCAACUGCCACCAGUGCUAUAUUCGCUCCCGCUCGGCCGGUCAGCCGACCACCUUGUGACGUCUCCAGUCGAGUUGAACCUGAUCACCUGCCAAGCCCUGCCCUCCCGUGCAACCCCCAUUCAUCACGUGGGUCAAUCCAAGAUUUUUCAUCCAUAUGAGUAUCAACAGUCAGGACAGUCAUUCACUCAUAUUGUCAUUUUUACGAAGCACAAUCUAUUUGAAUCACCAUUCAUCAAGUGUGGUUUUAUUCAUACAUACUUUAAUCGGAUUUAAUCUGGUUUAGGUGUUUCCUUUUUUUUUUUUUUUCUUUUUCACCAAGCGGCAUCCAUUUUAUGUCACUCCCAAAAGCAGACAAAACGAGAUGCAAAUUAACCUUCACGACGCACAAUACUGGAUCUCUAUUGGUGCAUUUGUUAUUUUGGAUCAGCACUGAAUUGUACACCUUAUGUUGGAAAUGUGUUAUAAUAAUCCACAAGGCUUCCACUGACACACUUUUUGAAUGUAAUUCAUGAGGGCAGUAACCGAAUCCGCUACUUUAAUGUGCCUUAGGAACAAAAGAACGACACAGAAAAAGAAACAAAAAAAAAGCAUAAUAUUUUCAUUUGAAGGCGAUCGAUCAGUGGCCAAAUUGUCCUCGCAUUCCUUCAUUGCAAGUCGUCCACUUUUCCGCGUCGUUGAUUUUGCAGUGAUAGAAUGCUCUUGUCCGUGAGGAAAAUAUACGACCUUUCGCUUAAACCGCGUCCCCGGGAAUGUAGCGGGACCAAUCAGAGCGCAGCAAAUAAGAACAAUGCUUUCCUGAAGUUUUUGUAAAUGCAUAGUGACACAUAGGUUGAAUGGAAAUGUUUUCUUUUUAGGCUCUGGAAAAAGCUAUAUGUAGUCGUCCACAGUCGGUUGCAUCUCUCAAAAAAAACAAAAAAACAAGUCGAAACUUGCCCAGAGUAAUGAAAAACAUGAAUGAAGAUAUUCAAUUGAUGAAAGAUAAAAGAAGCAGACAGAAUCCAAACUAGCCCAGAAAAAAAGAUGUAAAAUAUACAUUACGCUAUGCAGUCAACCACCAUCACAGACUUUAUGUUGUGUGAAACUUUUUGAUCUCAGCAACAAUAACUAGGGGGCUCUGAGCGAAAAGUCUAUUGAACCUUUGCCAACUUUGUUUAUUUUAUUUUUUUAAAUAUAUAUAUAUUUUUUGCUUGGUUUGCAUUUUGCGAGUCGGGCAGUGUGCUGCCGAUGUUUAACAAAAAAGACUGCACGUUUAAGCCUACAACCAAAAGAUACUGUAAAAAAAUGUACAAAUCAAAGCAAUAGCCACUGCGCUUAAUUCCUGGAGUUGUUGAGCAUUUUCCAUUUUCUCUUUUUAGCGCAGAGGCUUUCUCGUGUAUUUAUUGUAGUAGUCACCUGAACACCAUAUUUCGAUGUAUCUUUUCAUUAACUGUGUCAAUGCAAUGACUGUAUCUUUAUAAAUAAAACCAUCCAAAGUCA